UUUAAAAGUUGAUAGAAAUAGAAAGAAUUAUGGCUGAGCUCAGAAUUCAGUUCAGUCUGUCUAUGAUCAUAGCUGGUAUUCUGGCGGAGGUGGUCAGUGUAUUCUGGUACAAUAGCCACUCCCCUUGGGGACGAAGGACAGGGGACCGCUACAUGCUGGCAGCGAUUGUUUGUGACGCCGGUCUUGUUAUUGCCGUCAAGUUUAUUAUGGACUCUUUCUGGUCCGUCAGCCGUUGGGAGGAUGCUUUCGUUUUGGCACUAACUCUGGCUGCUAUAUACGGAUGCUUAGAAGGACCUCACGUUGUUCAUAACUCUCGGAGCUUCUCUUGGUUUUUCUUCCAUACCGUCCACAAGUUCUUGGUGGUGUUUGUUAUUGCCAUGACUCUGGUUUAUUUUAGUUAUUUGGGAUAGUCAACCACGUCCAAAUAGUUUACGAUGAAUUGUAGAUGUAUACAUAACUGGUAGAAUAGAUAAAUACAACACUCUUUCUGAAACUCCUUUUGUGAAUAGACCUUCUGACAUUUAGAAAUGAAGUUACAUCGAGUUUAAUGAAGUGAAAGAAUACAAGAAUGACUGUUUAGAGAGAUUAUGUCAUAAGAAUUUUUAAAUUUCAAGAUAUCUAAUGCUGAUAUUUUAUAUUAUACUUAUUUAGACUAGAAUUAUAUUUUCACCUUAUAUCUGUUUAAUACAUGAUGCACAAUUGUACGCAAUUUUACUUACCUCUCUAUAUACUCUGAUUAUUAUUUUUCUUUACUCACGUAGAAUUCCACGGCUGGACAAACCGUAUUAAUAUAUACCUCAAUUAGUCCUCUUUUUACAUAAUUAUAUACACUGUGUACAAUAUAUUAAAUGUUGUUGCAAAGAAGAUAAAAGAGUUUGUUUA